AUGGUGUUUUUACCCAGUGCUCGGUGUAGUGCUGAGCUAAUUUACGCAUUGUUACAGGCGGGACAGUGGUGGUGGGAAGGGUGGAGCUCCAGCCUGUGGCGCGCACACUUCUGGCUCCCUGCUGGCAUCACCUGGGACGAUCUUCGCAACACUGAACACUUUACCUUCCCCAACUUUUACCAUGUGUGGCUCUAUCCUUGGUUGUUUAGUAUUGUACUCAUUAUUGUCCGCUGCUUCUUCCUGGAGCCAUACGUCUUCUCCCUCUUUGCUCAGGCUGCGGCUAUCACCAACUGGCGACCUGCUCCUCCAGUGGCCAACAGUGUAUUAGAGGCAGUGUACCGGCAGUAUAAGGUGACAGUGCCCAGAGCGGUGGUGAAGCAGGCAUGUGAAGAUAGCCGCAUGUCAGAGCGUCAGGUUGAGAGGUGGCUCCGUCGUCGCCACGCCCACACCCGCUCCACCAAGUACGACAAGUUCGUGGACUGUUCCUAUGACUUUUUGUGUCAUGUGGCGUUCACCGCACUGGGCCUCCCUAUCAUGUACAGUAAACCGUGGCUGUGGAACAUCACCUUGUGUUGGGAGGGUUACCCGCACCACAGUCUUGACGAUGACCUCUGGUGGUAUUAUAUGUUGUAUCUCGCUUACUACUGGUCCACCACCUUAUCAUUCUCUAAGCCUGGCCUUAAAAUGUCUGCUCGCCUUCAGUAUUUAUUGCACCACAUCUUCACCAUCCUUCUUAUGGUGUUUUCGUGGACGUGCAACUUCGUCCGUGUGGGUAGUGUGGUGCUGGUGGUGCACGAGUGUUCUGACGUGCCGCUCCUGGCCACCAAGCUCUGCCUGCAGGCCGGUAUGAACCGUGUGGCUGACGUUCUCUUUAUUGUGUUCCUGGCGGUGUGGCUGGUGAUGCGCUGCUACAUGUACCCCGUAUGGGUGAUCGGCAGUGUAUUCUUCGAGGCCACCACCUACAUGUUCAUGCCGUCUGCCUACCUGUUCAUGGGUUUGCUGUUGGGUGUGUUGGUGAUCGACCUGGUGUGGACGGCGCUCAUUCUGGCCAUCGUGGCUCGCAAACUAUGGCCGGUAACCUACAAGACUGUAGGUCGUCCUGGUGAAGAAAUAUCGAGUUCUGACGCGGAAGUCAAUAAUAUCAGCAAGUCCGAUUUGAAGAAGAACUGCUACAUACCUGAUCCGUGGGUUGAGGGCAAGAUGGCCAUGAUGAAGCAGUACGUGGACGUGUUCCUCAGCCCUUCCACUCUACACUACAUCAGCAACAAUACUGUGGUUGGCAUUUGGUGGCAUCAGUUCUCUGCAUUAUUCUGGAGUUCUGACUUCUGGCUACCGUCUGGGCGUCAGUGGGAAAACAUAGAGCCCAGCAACAAGUUUCAGUACCCCAACUUCCACGACGUGUGGGUCUACCCGCUGCUGCUCAGUGUUGGCUUCAUCUUGUUUCGCUUCUUCCUCCUCGAACCCUUCGUGCUGGAGCCUCUGGCACUUGCUGCAGCCGUACCCAAUAAACGGCCUCAUCCACCUCCACCCAGCAAAACAUUAGAGACUUUUUAUCGCCUGUAUGGACUAAAACCCUCAACGAAACAACUUGUGGAGGCUGCAGACACCUCGACACAUGACACAUUGAUGAUGACGUGUGGUGGUACUACAUUACCGGCCGGCUCCUUCAUGCAGAUCAACACACCAGCCCGGAGUGUGGCAGACAAAAUACACAUGAUGUUGCACCACAUGUUCACUAUACUACUCAUGGUCUUCUCUUGGACGUGUAACUUUGUGCGUGUGGGGACUCUCGUUUUCUUCGUCCACGAGUGUGUAGACAUUCCCUUAUUAUUUGCUAAGAUGCUCUUGUAUGCUGGUAUACAAAGACUAACAGAUGUCAUUUUUGCUGUGUUUUUGAUCAGCUGGUUGAUAACUCGUAAUUACUUGUACCCAUUCUGGAUCAUGUACAGUGUAUUUGUCGAUGCUACUCCCUAUAUCCAGAUGCCAGCAGCUUACCUAUUUAAGGGUCUGCUAAUAGGCUUAUUGGUGUUGAAUAUUAUAUGGACUGUACUGAUAGGGGGUGUGUUGAUGAAGAAACUCUGCGUUGGGUCUCUGGAGGACGUCCGUUCAGAUGGUGAGGACUUAUCAGAGGAUGACAACACAAGAGGUAGCUGUGACAAGAGGAAACAAGAGUAACACCGUAACUUGUCAACACAAAUACAAACGAUGAUUAACAAUGUGUUGGCCAGAACUUUUAAAUCCCUAAUAUUGUGCCACGUGAAAUUGUUGUAUAUAUUAUUAGAUAUAUUUGUUUACUCCCACUUUACCUAUCGUAUGUGUUUUUUGUUGUUCGGAUCAUUAUGAGAUCUGUAAUAUUUCAUGGAUCACCUCAGGAUUAACCCCCAGCUUUGUUUACUUGAUGAUAAAACAACAUAAUGCUGUCUAGAGGUAUUAGGUUAGUUUAGGGUUAGGUUUGGUUAAGAUAAUAUUUAUGUUAGAUUAAAUUUGGUUAGAUUAGCUUAGGUUAGCAUCAGGGAGGUUAAUCCUAAAGUGAAAUAAACUGGGCGCUAAUCAUCAGGUGAACCAACUCACAUACCCUUAAAACUGUCAGAUGGAUCUCACUGUUCACUGUUUCCCCCCAAAGCAGUGAAAUAUAGGAGUAUUAUUUCUUGCUGGGGAUGUGAUUUUGGUGGCCGAUUUGGGCCUGAACAUUGUUUGUGAAUGUUGUACUGAAAAUUUUCCCUAAGUCGGACUAUAUACAGAUUAAGCCAGUCCGGCCCAACCAAAAGUCCGACUUAAGGUAACAGCUUCUAUUGGUACUUCUAAUGUCAAAAAUGUUGUCAAAAAAUUUACCAAACUCAUAUGAUUGCUGGAGCCUUGGUGGGUGGAGAGAGGCACUGCACUUUAGCUAGUCUGAUGGACUUCACAUUAAAGAAGAGAUAUGUACAGUAUUGUAUUAUACCAAACUUAAUUACACUACAGGGUAAACUUAGUUCCACUAAACUUAAACUGAAUUAGGUAAAACUAUGUACUGUACAGUAGACAUUAUUUAAUCACUUAAGUCACUGCUGAAUACCACCCAUUAGGCAGUUCAGGUGUCACAGAAAGAUCAGAGUAGGAAACUGGUGUCGCGCCACACGGCCAAUUACAACUUGGUAUUAGCGCUGACAACUUACACUGUGUUUGUGCCUUGUAGUGUCCGCCUUACUCCGACACGUAAUGAUCUUUAUUGUACGCUCCUGUACUUCCCAUAGUAUUAUAACUUAAGAGUGUACAAAAAACUAGCAGGAGAAAAGUUCCAAACCUAACCUUACUUAAUUUAACCAAAGCUGACCUUAAUCCUGACCUUAUCUAACCUAGCCUAUCCUUACUUAACCUACCCUACCUUUAGCCUAACCUAACCUAACCUAACCUAACCUAACAACAUUACCGAACAUAACGUAUUUAAAAUAAUUGUCUAUAUCCUAUGACUUUUCCUAACCCAAAUUAUAACUUUUUUCCUGUGACAUUUUCCGGACUCUUAACAAACAUUCCUAAUAUUUAAAAAGUUUCCACAAUAUACAGAGUCUUAGUAUUAAUAGCAUUGUACCCAGUAAUGUUUAUUUUGUAAUGUAAGAUAUUUAUGAAGUGUUAUAUAAUGCGGUUACAAAAUAUAAUACUAAUAAAAGUGCAAAUCCUUCCUACCAGAUCCUGAAGGCUAUCCCCCCCCCCCACGAGAAUCCUAGUAGCUAUCUAGUGUUAGCAUUUAUAAUAUAUAGUUUCCAGUAAAUUUAUGUUUCCACACCAAAAUUUUUUUAAACGGAUCUUCUAGUCAUUGUUGUAAGUGUAAUGAUUCUGAUAUUUUACAAUAAAUAUUUUUUUUA